UGAACGUAAACGAUCUAGCUGUGGUGAGACUUCUAUACAGAUAUUUGUGUUUGUUUUAGGGUGUCUACUACACUGAAGUUGUUCGAGUUCUUUUGUCGGACAGCGAAUGCUGACGGAGUCAUUCUCCUUCAGUUCUGGGUUCAACUAUGGAUUUGUUCUCUGGUCCGCUGGGCGCCGGCGUUUCCACUGGUCUGGGUUGUGGACUCCUCCUUGGAUGGCUUCUUCGCGCCCGGUUGGGCCCCGCUCCACGGAGCUUUAUGAAAGCUGUGGAGAACGGUGCAGUGGAGGCAAGUGUGAUGGGAGAAGGAGGAGACUUUAAGAUGGUGCUGGUGGUCCGGAAUGACCUGAAGAUGGGCAAAGGGAAGGUGGCUGCGCAGUGCUCUCACGCUGCUGUGUCAGCAUAUAAACAGGUCCAGCGCCGCGACCCAGAGCUUCUCAAACAGUGGGAGUACUGCGGCCAGCCCAAGGUGGUGGUGAAGGCCCCCGAUGAGGAAACCCUCGUUGAGUUGCUGAGUCGUGCCAGAGCGGUGGGUCUGACCGUCAGCCUCAUUCAGGACGCAGGAAGGACUCAAAUCGCUCCAGGGUCUCGCACCGUCCUGGGGGUCGGCCCAGGUCCAGCUCAUCUGGUCGACAGUAUCACUGGGGACCUGAAACUUUACUGAAAGUUCUUCCUGAAUGCUUUAAAGUUUCUUCAUUGAUAAACUUUUUUUCACAGAAAUACAUUUUUGAAGAAUGCUAUUGUUUUUGUGAAGUUCUGUGCUAAAUGUCUUCAACGGGGAGAGUGUAACCAUAAACUCUUGAUUGGUUGAUGCCACAAAAUAUUAAAGCAUUUUCAUGCUGCC